AUGGGAGUGUGCAUCAAAGGUCACAGUGCAGCCGUAUCCGUCGUCGCACACCCGACGCUGCUGCUGCUGCCGCCGCCGUGCAUACACAACCCGACGGGACGGCUGGAAAGAGGGGCGAACAAUGCGGCUCGUUACGAGCAGCCGAAGGCGGAUGCGGGCGGGACGUGCGCUUCGGAAUUCGCCGUCGAGGUCGAGAUUUUGGAGAGAUCGGCCGGCAUCAUUUCGGACGCUGGCCCGCUGUGCCGCUGUGCCGCUGCGCCGAUGCGCCAAGCGCUCCACCAUGCACCGCAUGACGCGCGCCGCCCAUCGAGUCCACUUAAAGAGCUGUACUCUGCAGGCUGCAGCCCAGGUGGGCUUCCGCUGCACCGUGCCGGCCUCGUUUCUCCGACUCGUGCCGCUCCGCUGUGCGGUGUUGCGGCGGAUGCAAUUCCGAUGCCCUGGACCGGAGCAGUCUCGGUGCAGGUGCACGGCGCACGGCGUAGAGCCCCACGAUCCGACUGUACUCAUUUCGAAAACACAUGCCGACGUUCGCUCGGCGUUCGAGGCAAGUCGGACUUGGCGAGCGUCGUGGCGAGCGACGUGGCGAGCGUCGAUGAAGCGCUGUGGACCAACCGAAUGGGCAAAGCUCGCUUUUGCCGUCCAAGUCGGGCCAAAGCUGCUUCCCGGCACAAGAGAUUCCCGGGAACCGAGUCGAGCAGCUGCAGCGUGUUUUACUGUAUCUGA